GGGACCAUGGCGAGCGACUUCUACCUCCGCUACUACGUGGGGCACAAGGGCAAGUUCGGCCACGAGUUCCUCGAGUUCGAGUUCCGGCCUGACGGGAAGCUGCGCUACGCCAACAACAGCAACUACAAGAACGACGUCAUGAUCCGAAAAGAGGCUUACGUGCAUAAGAGCGUGAUGGAGGAGCUGAAGAGAAUAAUCGACGACAGUGAAAUCACAAAAGAAGAUGAUGCGCUAUGGCCUCCCCCUGACAGAGUUGGUCGGCAGGAGCUUGAAAUAGUAAUUGGUGAUGAGCACAUCUCCUUUACCACGUCAAAAAUCGGUUCACUCAUUGAUGUAAAUCAAUCCAAGGAUCCAGAAGGCUUGAGAGUGUUCUACUACCUGGUACAGGACCUUAAGUGUCUAGUCUUCAGUCUUAUUGGGCUGCACUUCAAGAUUAAGCCAAUUUAAAUUGAAUAAACUUUUAAGUUUGUAUUGCAGUAGGGGGGGGGG